GGCUGCUGCCUCCCCGCAGGAGCUAUCUUGUCCCUCACAUCUCCGACACAUAAAUCUAUUCCUAAUUCUCACCUCAAGAGCUCUGCAUUUCUCACCCCCCCAAUCCAUUUACCCACCAAAUUCUCAAUACUCCCGCUCUCAUCAAUUCAUUAAUCACCAGACAAGCGAGGACAGCACGUCCUCGUCCGUCAACCCCUCAUCGCCACAAUGUCCACCUACGAAGUCGAACACAAUCUCUCAACAGACCCCUCAGCCCCGUCUACCCAAUCUACAACUCGCCGCCGUCGCCCCGACCUCUCUACCUUCUUCGCAACCCUCUCCGAAAUCUCUCCGGAUGAGGCCCGCCACCGUCCCCAUGCCGUCCCAGUACCCGGCGACAUCAGCGCGGCAUUCUACUCACUCGCCGAAGCCCUGAAUAUCAUGCGACGCGAGGGAGGCGCAGACGAGUCCGCGGGGCCCGUUGACCCCGACGCGCAGAGCAUCCCCAUGCUCAAUCCCGACGGCACGCCGAUUCGAGUGCACGGCGAAGAUCUCCUGGCGCAGAUGAUCCAGACGCUGUUGCAGGAUGCGGAGACACCGCCAACAGAGGUGGAGGGUGCUAGUGAGGAGUUUUGCGACAUGCUCGAUCGUGUCCCGCGCUCCUCGCUGAAACCGUCUCAGUCGUGUCCCAUUUGCAGUAACCCGUUUCUGGAAGACAAGUACCCGCUUGUUGUGCGGUUACCCUGUCACCCGACGCAUCUGUUUGAUCUGGAGUGUGUAAGGCCUUGGUUGAGACUAAGAGGGACGUGUCCGCUCGAUCGGACGGAUUUCGCGAAGCAGGAGAGGGAUAGGAUUGAGGAGAGGAAGAAGAUAGCGGAACAGGAUGACGAGGAGGAGUGGGAUGGGAUGUAUGGUUGAUUUGUGACUAGUUAAUGACGAGGGGUUUGGAGUAUGGCUGUUGUUACGAGGCUACUUGGCGUGGUUUGCAUAGUGCGUUACCAGGAGUAUCUUUCUUGCAUAUCAAAUGCAUAUGGAAUAUGUACAGAUUGACAUAGCUUCUUUAUUUUUUUUUUUUCUUACUCGGCCAUCAUAUUUCCUGUAUUUCCCGGUCAUGGACUGGCUGCUCGUCGCGUGGGCGAAGUGCCAGCUUGCCGGUUUUGUCGAUGACAGCUUCAAGUCCUCGCUGCUCCAGCAUUCCACCGUCGUCCCGAACCUCGCGAGCUUCCAAAUCUUCGAUGAGCUUCUGGUUUUCGCGGUUCCCUUCAAGGAGAAACUUAAGACACAUCACGGCAUGCUCCUUGAUAUACGGGUUAUGCGCAUCAAAAUUGGUGCAAGAAAGAAUAGUCUCGAC